AAAAAAGUGAAUAUCAGCUUAUUUUGAAUGACCUCACCUACCUAUGACUCAUCAAAAAAAUAAAAAAAAAGAAGUGAAAAAGUGACCCAAUAUUAUCCAUCAUGACAUCAUUCCAAAGGACAUCCAUUUGUAGUAGAAUAAAACAGUUACUUUCCAAAGGACUGUAUUACCAAGUCCUCCGGCUUUACAAAGAACAACUCCACCCCACUGCUCUUCAUGCAAACCCCUCCAUUCUUCCCUCCAUCAUCGCUGCCGCCGCGCAUCAUCGCCCACAGCCCCUUAACAUAUGUUGUGGUCUUCAGCUUCAUUGCGUGGCCCUCAAGUCAGGUUCUUCCUCCGACACUGUCCUCUCCAAUUCUCUCAUUUCCUUGCAUGCCAAAGUUUCCACAUUCCUGGAUGCAAACAAGGUGUUUGACAAAAUGCCUGAGACGGACGUUGUCUCGUGGAGUUCCAUCAUAAACUGUUGUCUACAAAACGGAUAUUCCCUUGAAGCCUUGAAAAUGCUCAGUCGGAUGUAUUUGCGUGGUUUUGUGCCAAAGCCGGAGUUAAUUGCCGGCAUCCUAUCACAGACGAGUGAGUGGAGACUGGGAAGGGCGAUUCACGCUCUUGUUGUCACCGACGAAAGGAUCCGAGACUCUGUCUUCCUGUCAACAGCUCUGGUUGACUUCUAUUUCAGAUGUUGCUGCUCCUCAACGGCUUUCAAUGUUUUUAAUCGGAUGGCUGAGAGAAACGAAGUGACUUGGACAGCUGUGAUUUCAGGAUGCGCUGCGAGUCUCGACUUUAAUAGGGCGCUGCAUUCUGUUCGAGCAAUGCAGGUUGAAGGAGUGAGCCCCAACCGAGUAACUAUGAUGGCUAUUCUACCCGUCUGCGCUGAGUUGGGCUAUAUAAAGCACGGGAAAGAGAUUCACGGGCAUGCUGUUCGUCAUGGAAUUCACUUGGAUCCCCAUUUCUCUGCGGCUCUUGUACACAUGUACUGCAAAUGCGAGGGUGCGUCUGUGGCUGCCGAACUCAUAUUUGAGAGUUCGAGUGUUAGGGAUGUUGUGCUGUGGAGUUCAAUCAUUGGGGGCUAUUCUUCUCAUCAUGGACGGGAAGCCAAAGCUGUAAAGCUCUUCAACCAGAUGCAGGUUGAGGGAACUAAACCAAAUUCUGUAACUUUAUUGGCAGUAAUUUCUGCCAGCACGUCGCUAUCUUCACUGGACCUCGGCCGUGAAGUCCAUGGUUAUUCCUUACAAUCUGGAUUGAACUCGGACAUUUUUGUCGGGAAUGCUCUUAUAGACAUGUAUGCAAAGUGUGGUUGUAUUGACUCUGCUUGUCAAAUUUUUGUAGAGAUGCCAACGAGAGAUUCCGUUUCUUGGAGCACGUUAAUCUGCGGUCAUGGCCUUCAUGGAUACGGCGAACACGCUCUACAGCUCUUUCAUGAGAUGCAAAAGGGGGGGCUAGAGGCAGACGAAAUCACCAUCCUUGCUGUUUUAUCUGCAUGCAGCCACGCUGGCCUUGUCACAGAGGGGCAGAAAAUCUUCCAUCAAGCAAGCAGAGAUAGUAAAAGAAUGCAAUUAACAGUAGAGCAUUACGCUUGCUACAUCAAUCUUCUAGGGAGAGCAGGGAAGCUUGAAGAUGCUUGCGAGGUCGCGAGAAGCAUGCCAAUGGAAGCAAGCCCCAAAAUUUGGAGUAGUUUGAUAUCAUGUUGUAACCUUCAUGGAAGAUUGGAAAUAGCAGAAUUGUUAGCCAUCAGUAUGGUUUAUGCAGAAGAGGGCAAUUGGCUCGGCGUGGAAGAGGUCAGAAGAGCCAUGAGAAUACAAGGACUAAAGAAAUGCUACAGCUUUAAUCGUAUUCAACUAGAAUGUGAAACCUUGUAGUGGCGAUUUUAAAAUAAUAAUAAUAAUAAUAAUAAUAAUAAUAAAGAAAGAAAAAGCAACUUGUUCGUCAAU